AUGGACCCGAUGGACCAUGAUACUGCUACUGUACAAGCACUUUCUGGAACAGGUUCUCUUUCCGUUGGUGCAUUCUUUUUGCAACGUUUCUUCCCUGGCAAUAAGGAACUGUAUUUGCCAACACCUACAUGGGGAAAUCAUGCUCCCGUAUUCAAACUCGCCGGACUUCCACUGAAAUUUUACCGUUAUUAUGACCCACAAACGUGCGGAUUAGAUUUUAACGGCCUUAUGGAAGAUUUGAGCAAUAUACCAGAGAAAUCUUUGAUACUUUUCCACGCGUGUGCUCAUAAUCCUACUGGUGUUGAUCCUAAACCAGAACAAUGGGAAGAAAUGGCUGCAGUAGUGCAGAAAAGGAAUCUCUUCCCUUUCUUUGAUAUGGCAUAUCAAGGGUUUGCUUCAGGUGACUUGGACAAAGAUUCCCUAGCUUUCCGUUUAUUUGUGAAGCAAGGAAUUAAAGUCGCCUUAGCUCAAUCGUAUGCUAAAAAUAUGGGUUUAUAUGGUGAACGCGCUGGAGCAUUAACGAUAGUCACUGCUGACAAAGAUGAAGCAGCGCGUGUUCUUUCACAAUUGAAGAUUUUAAUUAGACCGAUGUAUUCAAAUCCUCCGAUUUACGGCGCAAGAAUCGUGAAUGCAAUCUUAGGAGAUCCGGAAUUGAGAGAGGAAUGGCUUGUUGAUGUGAAAACAAUGGCAAAUCGUAUUAUUUCGGUCCGUCAAAAACUGCGUGAUACUCUUAAGGACCUUGGCAGUACUCGCAAUUGGGCACAUAUUACAGAUCAGAUUGGAAUGUUUUGCUACACUGGUCUUAAACUGCCAGAGGUAGAGAAACUUACAAAAAAUUAUAGCAUUUAUUUAACAAAGGAUGGUAGAAUAUCUAUGGCUGGGGUAACGACAAAGAACGUAGAAUACCUUGCAAAUGCUAUUAAUGAAGUUACAAAAUGAAGUGUUAUUAUUGAUUAACAGCCUUGUAAUCUUAUUCUGUAAUUUGUAUGAUGCAUUAUGCACAUAUUAGAAAUAAUAAUAUAGAAGUUAUGCUUUCCAUAA